UGGUUAUCGACCUGACUAUGGACUCGGAUUCCUCUGAGAAGGUGAGUGUGUCUUAUAUAAGCCUCCCUGCUGUACUGCUGCAGUUGUGUUUAUCUCUGCCCUUACUCCCCUCUACCCUUUUAGCCCUGAGCAUUCUUAUCUUAAGGAUCUUCCCGCAUUUUCUAUCAUUGAUGUCACCACUUUUAUGGACCCCUUUUGCUUUUUGCUUUUAUACUUUUUAUAUGCUACUUUCUUUUCUUUUUUGCCCCUGUCUUUUUUCUGUUACUCCAAUCGGAAAUCCCAUUCACUAGUCUGGACGUGUCAGCUGACCAACACAGUCUCAACCACGGGAAGCCACUUUCAUCACUAAUCUCACUCAUCGGACUCCAUUGUCAUCUGGCCCAUUGAAGAGAAAGCCAGAUAGACCCUCUAGAGAGUCUUCAGUGGCAUCUGCCGUCCCAUUCCCCCUCACCAAUGGCAAUGGCAUCAGCAAUGGCAACGUAAACGGGUUGACCAAAAAUGCUGCCCUGGGACCCCGAACACCCAGUUUAGCACCCCGCACCCCAAGUCCCAAGAGCAGCUCAGGGGGUGAAUUUAAAGACCACCAGGCCAAAGCCAUCAGUGUCGUGAUCCCGUCUCCAUCAAGGAAGCUGAAAA